CGCUAGCAGAGCCACAGACAGGCUGCCCGCUUCCUAACGAGCUUCUACCGACUCGCCGCUCCGCUGCAGGUUCAUUUCUCUGCUAAAUUUAUUUAUCCAAAACAGUCCGUUUCCUUCCAGCUCCUCUCUCUGCUGUUGAAGCCGAGACCUCUCCAAUAUGGCCGCCCUGUUCGGCUGCGGGGAAGCGGAAGUUUGGAGGAGAAUUUACGAGAAGUACUGGGACGUGGUAGAGGCGACGGCAAAGGCCAAGAAGCCGAAGCUACUGCAGCUUGACAAAUGGUACCAGGAGGAAUUGCCGGUGCUGAUUUUGAGUCGACCCAAAAAACACAUCACUCUGUCAGAGCUGAAGAUGCUAAUGGAGUGGAAGCUAACAUUCUCUGAAAUAAAGCAAUUUCAAAAACCCAGGUCAUCCUCGUGCAGAAAACUUUCCAUCAAAAAUAGGGGGAAGUUCAGGCCGAGGCUGCAGCAGCUGGUGGCCUCCAACAGCGAGGACGCCGUCCAGAGACGCUCCAGAACGGCGCUGGGCCUCCUGCCCGACGUCCCGGCGGCCGUCGCUGAGCUCAGCGGCCUGAAAGGCGUCGGCCCCGCCACAGCCUCAGCGGUGUUGGCAGCAGCGGCUCCGGCUCUGACUGCGUUCAUGUCUGAUGAAGCAGUGGAGAGCGUUCCUGGGCUGCAGCCCGUCCAGUACACCGCCAAGCACUACGCGCUCUACCUGGACAAGAUGGCCGCCCAGGCUGCCAAACUAAACCGAGUGGAUCCGCAGCAGGACUGGACGCCUCACAGGCUGGAGUUGUGUUUGUGGGCGACGGCGACGGCGACCAAGCUGCAACUUCCUGUUCUGGAGGAUCUGAAGGGCGGCGACGCGCAGACCUCAGACUGCGACCAGAGGCCGGCCAAGAAGCUUAAAACUGCUUAGAAACACGGCGACGUUUGUGGAGUUAGUCAGUAAAUUACAAUUUGGGUUAAUUAGUCUGAUACAAGAGGAUUCAUUUUCCAAAAUCCAAAUUUUCACAAUGUUAUAAAAGUCACAGUUUCUAACUAAAUACUCCAUUUACACUCUAAAUAUUCACUUAACAAACUAAAAAUUUAGUUAGCAAGCUAAAUAUUUAUUGUGGAGCUAAAGCUUUAUACUAAAUAUUUUGCUCCAAACAAAAUAUUUUAUCAAACUGAAAUUAGUUAGCUAAAUAUUUAUCUUGCUGAAUGUAUGUUUAGUUUGUAAACUAGUUAGUUAGCUAAAUAAAUGUUUCAUUAAAUAUUUACCUUGCUGUUAAAUUUAGCUUACUCACUAUUUAGUUAAAUAGUUAUCUAGCUAAGUAUUUAUACCGUUUAGUUUGCGAAGAAAAUAUUUAGUUUGAACUAAAUAUUUAGCUAAUUACUUUGCUUUAAGCUAAACUAAAUAUCUAAUUAUUUAGUUUGAAGAGGAAUAUUUAGCUUGCUAGCUAAAUAUUUUAUUUGCAGCUCAGUGUUUAGUUUGAAACUAACAUUUAUAAAUUAAUUAAUUACAUAGUGAAAAUAUGAGUGGAAAAUGAACCCUGAUUUAUUUAUUUUUUUUAUUACAAGCUAAAUAACCCAAAUUAUUUAGUUUCCGACUCAGUUUACAAACGACACCCACACUUAAAAAACUCCAAACUGUAAAGGAUGUCUAAAGGUUUUUAAUUUUGUAUCUUUUAUAUUUGUAGAAAGAAUAAAGUUUUCUUUAUGGAAGAAA